CACCGGGAUCGUAGCUGAUGCCAUGGUCGCCCGAUGCUUGCCGUUGCCUCUUUGCAUGUGCAUGUGGCUGCAAGAGGCGCCCUUGGCAUAUGACUUCGCGAUGUGGUGGACUGUGUUUUGGGAUGCUGCUGCUACUUGCAUGCAUGGACUUCACCGCCAUCCUGGGCUACAGACCCUGCAGACGCUUGCGCGGCAGUGCCCUUUGAAAUCCUGGGCAGCAAGAAAGGGUUGCUAAGUAUUGGGCUACGAUAUCAAAUCAAAAUCGCAUACGUAAUAUAUCAAAUUUAUUUGGACAUGGGCAUGCAUAGUUAUAUAUCAUAUGUUUGCAAACAUGCAGGUGUAUUCAUCAGCUCUACUGAGCCCACGAGUAAAUGCAGAAAAGAUUCGACUUGGUCAACGAUUUGAAGCAGGUCUCGAGGUCCUCAUUGAUCCUCAAAGGGGCUAGACUUGGGAAAGGACUCAGUGAGUGACGGGUAGCAGGGGGUUCCAUGAGUUUGUCAAAGUAGUAGUAUGGUUUUGCAGCCAAACUUCUUGGCGGUGAAUCCAGUGGUGUCACCCUCUGCCUUUAACUCAGUGAGCUUCUCAUACUGUGUCUCGAUCUCAUCGAUGAUGGACUGCAACUUGUCCACCAUCCUCGGAAGAUGUAGCUGCUGGCCAGCCAAGGUAUGUUGUGCAUGCACCUAUGCUUUGGGAUUGCUGCAACUGCAGACAUUUGACGAGGAGCUUGCGGCAUGAGGUGCUGCUGGAGAUGCAACAUCCAUGGUCACUUCCUGAGCAGGCUCAGGUCGAUGCUGACCAACCGUGCUGGAGAACUGGCUUUGGCGAUGGCAUCUUGCUCAAUUCAUCUUGCUUCCAAAGAGUUUCAAGCCGCAUACCCACUGGAGCCUUGGAUGCCGCCAAAGUAAAGAGCUACCCGGUUUUUGUGGAACCGGAGAUUGUUCAAGGUGCUGUGAGCAAACUGGCAGUGGCCGGCAUGCAGGUUUUGCAUGAACCACUGGCAUCCUCUUUGGAUCGCUGCGAGAGCUUGGCAACAUACUUCUUGCCAGCCGUGGUGAGCACAGAUCUGGAUAUGCGGCGCAAGGUGGCUGCGGAGUGCUGACCCGCAGGGCCAGCUGCUGCGGAGUCCGGCUGGUCACCGUCCACGUCGACGACCUCACAAGCAGCAGGCGAUGCAGCACAUCAUCACCUGGCAUUGGCGGCAAACAUGGAGACAAAA